AUGGCGGAUGAUUUAGAAAGCUCGUCAGCUGAAGCUUUAAUUAGUUUCAGCGAGGGUAAGUCCCCUUCAAGACAGAGAAAUCCUACACGCAUCAGAAAGAAGAACACCAAGUUUUACAAUGCAGACGAGGACACAUCGUUCUCUAUCAGACCACGGAGCCAGAAAAAGAGGGAACGUAAACCCGGCAUUGGGUUGACUGUUCAGGAUAAAAAGAUGGCUCAAGGCAUCGGGGUGAGACUGAGAAAUCUGCUGAAGUUACCCAAGGCUCAUAAGUGGGUGUGUUAUGAAUGGUUCUACUCGAACUUAGACAUACCACUCUUCCUGAUAGAGAAUGAUUUUUGCAUCUGUAUGAAAGAGUCCUUUCCACAACUAAAGAUGAAAAAACUUCGUAGAGUGGAGUGGUGCAAAAUCCGCCGUCUAAUGGGCAAGCCUCGCAGGUGUUCGCCAGCAUUCUUUGAGGAGGAGCGGGCAGCUCUGGAGAUAAGACGCAACAAAAUCAGACUCCUUCAACAGAGGAAGAUGUCUGAACUUCAGACCUUCAAAGAUCUCCCAGACGAAAUACCAAUGCAUCUUGUUAUUGGUACCAAAGUCACAGCACGUCUUAGAAAGCCACAGGACGGCUUGUUUACUGGUGUAGUAGAUGCCUUAGACACAGUGACAAACACUUACAGAAUUACAUUUGAUAGACCAGGAAUUGGUACUCACUCCAUCCCGGACUAUGAAGUUCUGAGCGUGGAGCCCCAGGAGACCAUCCCUCUGUCAGCCUUCCAACAGAAACACCGCCCGCGGCAGCCAGCCAUGUUCUCACCACCAAAGUUUGUACCCAGUCUCGGAUCUCCAAACCCAGAACUGGAUAAUGACCCUCUACUGAGUGGUUCUACGUUCACUGGUAAAUUGCUCAGUCUGGAGGGAGGCACCUAUGGGGGAUUCCCAAUCAAGUUCCUGGUGCAAGUGACAAGACUGUCCAAAAUCCUUUCACUGAAGAAAGAUUGGAUCAAUCAGCUGAAGGAUUUAAACACACAAGCAGAAAAAGCUAAAUCAUUCCAGCAGCCCAUUACUCCAGACUUUCAGAGAAAGUACGCCACCACGGUCCUGGAACUGGAACAGCUCAACAAACAGCUAGGGGAGUGUCUAAACGUGGUCCAGAGUUACUGCAAGGAGCUAGCCCCAGAUAUGGGUAUGACACCACUAGAUGAACCUUCACAAAUCAAAACCGGCUGUGAUGAAGAAGCUGCGGAGAUUGUCAACAGAAUAAGUGGAAUGUUCCACAAGAGAACUUCUAAAAAUCAGAGAGUUAUGGAUCUGAUUUCCAGUUUGACAUCUCUUAUGCUGCAAGUACGGACAUUUUCUGAGCAAGAAUUUAACUCCUUUGAAUUCAAGUGUUUGCAAGAUACCUUAAAAGAAAUCAAGGAUAAGUUGGAUGGAAACAGUAUCAAUGCUUUCCAGAACAAUGUGGAGAUUCAUA